GCAAGCCGCGCCGCUCACAUUCCCGGAGGCGCUCGGCCCGGGGGCUCGACGAGGGGGAUGGCUGGCGCACUCGCGCUCCCCGCUGUCGGCGAGAGGCGGCUCCAGUCGUGACAGCAGCAACAAGGAAGUGGAGGCGAGGGCUCGCGCGCGCAUCCCGGGGGCUGGAGGAGCCCCGGCCCCGCGGCCCCGCCCGGCGACACACGGCGCGGAGUCGCGACAGCCCCCCUCGCUUCCCCUCCUCGGAGUCGCGAUAUGGGGUCGUGAAGGGCAAGUGUAGGAGCACAGGUUCGCUCCGCAGGCUCCUCACCGAUGCCUGCCGAGGGCCCCGGGGGUCAAGCCCCGGGGAGCUCGAGGAAGACAGCAGGUACACAGUCGUCACCGAGGCACCGGUUUGGCCGCUGAGCAGCAGCACACCACCGAUCGCCAGGGAGACCCGUCCCGGCUGCCCUCGCGGCGCACCGGAAGCGGUCGGCGGCGCGUGACUGCGUGCGACCCCUCGCGCAAGCGCAACAGCCCAGCCGUAGCUUGGGGGCGGACCCAUACGAAAUACUCAAAGGCUUGGAGGGGGUCUAUUAAGGCGAAGGGACUGCUUCCGGCCAGAGGUCACGGGCAGAGGAGGAAGCUGUGGUUGCCGGCGGUGGGGCGCCCCGGCCGCUCAGCCCCUGGGCACUGCUGUGGGGCGUUCAGUUUGCCACACUUGUGGCAAAGCAAGCUGCGAGGAGGAACCAGACAGCCCUGUUAGUCAUGGCCAGCCCUCACUCCCUGGAAAUGGCAAACAAGGGGAACAAGAAGCGUCGGCAGUUCUCUCUGGAAGAGAAAAUGAAAGUUGUGGAAGCUGUAGACUCAGGCAAGAGGAAAGGUGACGUGGCAAAAGAAUUUGGUAUCACUCCCUCUACUUUAUCUACAUUCUUAAAGGAUCGCACCAAAUUUGAAAAAAAGGUACGGGAGGCAUCCGUGGGACCCCAGCGGAAAAGGAUGAGGAGCGCUCUUUAUGAUGACAUUGAUAAGGCUGUUUUUGCUUGGUUUCAAGAAAUCCAUGCCAAAAACAUUCUUGUGACUGGUUCUGUCAUUCGGAAAAAAGCACUAAACUUGGCCAACAUGCUUGGCUAUGACAAUUUUCAAGCAAGUGUGGGCUGGCUGAACAGAUUUAGAGAUCGCCACGGAAUUGCUUUGAAAGCAGUUUGUAGAGAAGAUACUGACAGAUUAAUGAAUGGUCUAGGAAUAGAUAAGGUUAAUGAGUGGCAUGCAGGGGAAAUUAUAAAACUGAUUGCUGACUACAGCCCAGAUGAUAUCUUUAAUGCUGAUGAGACAGGAGUGUUUUUCCAGUUGCUUCCCCAGCAUACACUUGCUGCUAAAGGAGACCAUUGUAGAGGGGGCAAGAAAGCAAAGCAGCGGUUGACAGCACUCUUUUGUUGCAAUGCCUCGGGGACUGAAAAAAUGAGACCAUUGAUCGUUGGUAGGUCAGCCAGCCCACGCUGCCUCAGGAACAUCCAUUCCCUCCCUUGUGAUUACCGAGCCAACCAGUGGGCUUGGAUGACAAGGGAUCUGUUUAAUGAGUGGCUGAUGCAAGUGGAUGCCAGGAUGAAGAGGGCGGAACGCCGGAUCCUCUUGCUGAUCGACAACUGCUCUGCUCAUAACAUGCUUCCACGCUUGGAAAGGAUUCAGGUUGGGUAUCUGCCCUCCAACUGUACUGCUGUCCUGCAGCCACUGAAUCUUGGCAUAAUUCACACCAUGAAAGUACUAUACCGGAGCCACCUUCUAAAACAGAUCCUCCUCAAGCUCAGCAGCAGGGAGGAUCAAGAAGAGGUGGACAUCAAGCAGGCCAUCGACAUGAUUGCUGCAGCAUGGUGGUCAGUCAAGCCAUCCACAGUGGUCAAAUGUUGGCAGAAGGCAGGCAUCAUCCCUAUGGAAUUUGCAGAAUGUGACAUAGAAUCAGCAGCCAGUGAACCAGACACUGCCAUUGAAAAGUUGUGGCACACAGUGGCUAUUGCCACCUGUGUCCCAAAUGAAGUAAAUUUCCACGACUUUGUUACUGCAGAUGAUGAUCUCAUCAUCUCUCAGGACACAGACAUCAUCCAGGGCAUGGUGGCUGGCGAAAAUACCAGUGAAGCAGGAAGUGAAGAUGAAGGGGAGGUAUCUUUACCAGAGCAACCAAAAGUCACCGUCACAGAAGCCAUAUCAAGUGUACAGAAACUUAGACAGUUCCUUUCCACUUGUGUAGAUGUUCCUGAUGCCAUUUUUGGACAAUUAAAUGGCAUAGAUGAAUAUUUAAUGAAAAGAGUGACACAAACCCUUGUUGAUUCCAAAAUUACAGAUUUCCUCCAAACAAAGUAAUGCAGGAAUUUAUUUCAGAAAAUGUAGUUUACAAGAAUAAAGAUUUCUUCAGAUAGGCUGUUGAGCCAAUUUAAGUAAAGCAAUAUUGUUAUGACAACA